AUGGUAGGCAGACGAACCAGCCGCGGCUGUGCUACAUGUCGCCAGCGCAGAAUCAAGUGCGAUCUUGCCCGCCCCGCCUGCCAAAAGUGCAUCCAGGCGGGAUGGAAGUGUCCGGGAUACGAUGCCCGCUUCAUCCAUAACCACGCGAACGGCGCGGGCUCGCGGAAUGGCUUGCUACCCAUGCCACUGUCAUCUUCGGAGCUGCUUCGCCUCGACUAUGCCCACAAGAUGGAGGCCGGUGUUCUUUCUGCCACCCUCGAUAUGAUGCCGCCUGGCCAUGUCCUAAUGCACCUCCCCGUAUGCAUCGGCCGUAGCCCGGCGUUGGAUGAUGCGGUCCGUUGCAUCACUCAGAACACAAGAUCUUCCGGCCAGCUGCAUUGCCUUAUCUACGACACUGCCUACGUGAACGCCCUCGGCAGCCUGCAGAAAGCAUUGCGAGAUCCAUGCGAGAUUCACGCCGCAGAAACGCUCGCGGCGGCCUUGGUGCUCCAAAUGUACGAAGCCAACAAAGACUAUUCCGCGCAAAAGUGGAUAUACCACGCUCGAGGUGUGGUCAGAAUGCUCCAAACUCGCAACAUCACCGACACCUCCUCUGCUUUGGAAAAGGCAGUCCUGGGGCUCGAAGUGGGUUCCGUCUUCUUGUCUGGCCUCAUCUCUCAACCGCAUUCUUUUCUGUCGAGAGACGCCUGGUCCCAGAUGCCGCGGCGAGCCCACGUCGACUCCAAACCCGACUCAGAUCUAUUCACUCGAGUGAUUGUCGAGGGGCCUCGGGCUCCAGACACGGAUGUCUUCUAUUCGGAACUGUUGGGAAGCUGUGCGUUCAUCAAAGAUGCCGGCAGCCACCAGCGGUACCGUGUGAUGGACGUUGCGACGAAAGAAAUGUUGCUCAUGCGCCAGAACCUCCUCAGUCGGAUGUUUGCUUUCCUCGAGCCAGCCUGCUCUGAGAAGAAGGCCAACACUCUGACUAUUGCCACCCACAUCGCCACCGAGUUCUUCCUCAUAGUCACCGACUCAUUCAUCCUAAUCAUGCAAGAGCAAGUGCGAGCACUGGCCAGCAGACUUCGAGCCUUCUCCGUAUUGGACGACCUGACCGAACAAACGGUGCGGAGCGAGCGGGCACAAACACUCCGCUCCAUCCUGCCUCGCUUUCAACAUCUCACCCUCAUCGACGCGGAGCUUUCGUGCUCCCUCUCUGCUGCUUUGAGUACCAUGCUCAGCACCAUGAUUCCGCCCGCCGAUCGAAAUCUUUACGGCCACAAAGAAGCAGCUACUUUGCUGGAUAUCGUCGAUCACGAGUUAUCGGAGGCGGACUGGAGAUCUUUGACUCGACGGAACACACCCGAUCGACUCGAGGUCUGA